UUCAAAUUUCGUGUUCAAGUUCAUUUCGCGCCUGUCCAAAUUAGUGAAGUGUCAUGGAUUUUUUUGGAUAGUAUUUUUUUUUAUCCCUAUCGGGCAUUAUUUUCAAAUAAAUUUGUCAGAAUUUUUAUUUUUGUAUAUAAAUUUAUUUAGUCCUUUCAUAUAAAAAUGUAUCGUUAUCUAAAAUGUGGCACUUUGCUGCAACAAUUACCUUGUGGCCUCAAAAUUGGGGCAACGAAUUUGGGUAGUACCACAGUUUUCCAACAAUCCCAGUAUUCGACUAAGAGAUCAUCAUUUUUCUCUCAAUUUAUAGAAAAUGUCAAACAAGAUAUGGCAAAAAAUAAAGAGAUGAAAGAGAGUUUAAAGAAAUUCAGAGCCGAAGCUGAAAAAUUGGAACAAUCAGAAGCACUAAAGUCAGCCAGACAAAAAUUCCACAAUGUCGAAUCAGAAGCUUCAAAGAGCACCGAAGUGUUCAGGGAAAAACUAGGUACUAUCAAAAGCAAAGUGCACGAGGCUAUGGAAGAAGCUGGAAAGACUGAAUUUGCCAAAAAGGCAUCACAAAUCACUGAAGAACUUGGCAAAUCAGCUAAAGGUGUUGGUGAAACCCUGUCAGAGACUACACAAAAGUUAGGAACAACUGGAGCAUUCAAAACCAUUUCCCAAGCCACGGAGGCUGUCAAAAAAGAAAUGGACAAUCAAGGUAUACAAGGCCGUGUAUAUCAAGGUUUACAAAAAUUAAGAAAAAGAAAUGAAACUGCUGAUGUAGCUGAUACUAAAAGUUAUGAGCCUAAUGUGGAUGCCACCGGCGUAGAACUGCAUAAAGAUUCAAAGUUUGCACAGUCCUGGCAAAAUUUCAAAGACAAUAAUGCUUAUGUAAAUAAAGUCCUUGACUGGAAAAUAAAGUACGACGAGUCAGAAAAUCCAGUUAUCAGAGCCUCUAGAGUAUUAACAGAUAAAGUUUCAGAUAUAAUGGGUAAUUUAUUUCAAAAAACAGAACUUUCAGAAACAUUAACAGAAAUCUGUAAAAUUGAUCCGAAUUUCGAGCAAAAACAGUUUUUAAAAGAUUGCGAGAACGAUAUUAUACCAAAUAUAUUAGAAGCCAUGGUCAGAGGCGAUCUAGAAAUCCUCAAAGACUGGUGUUUCGAGAGCACCUACAGCAUCCUAGCAACUCCUUUAACUCAGGCUAAAAAAUUAGGCUAUUAUUUGGAUUCUAAGAUUUUAGAUAUUGAAAAUGUUGAUUUAGCUAUGGGUAAAGUUAUGGAACAAGGUCCUGUCUUAAUCAUUACUUUUCAAACUCAGCAAAUAAUGUGUGUCCGGGAUUCUAAACACACAGUUGUAGAAGGACAUCCAGAGAAAGUAAUGCGGGUCAAUUAUGUCUGGGUCUUGUGUCGGGAUCCACAAGAACUAAAUCCAAAAGCGGCAUGGAGGUUAAUGGAUAUAUCAGCAAAUAGUCAGGAACAACUAGUGUGAAUAAUUAUAAAAAUAGAAGAGAAUAUAUUUGUGAAUGU